AUGGGCGCUGUCAAGUUGAUUUGGCAGUCCAAGCCCCAUAUUCAGGUUGAUAUUGGAAGUGGCCAAAUGAAGACCUUUGCUCCAGAAGAAAUUUCAGCAAUGGUUCUGGCUAAAAUGAAGGAGACUGCUGAGGCCUACUUGGGAAAGAAGGUCACCCAUGCUGUUGUCACUGUGCCAGCUUACUUCAACGAUGCCCAGCGUCAGGCUACAAAGGAUGCUGGUACUAUUGCAGGGCUGAAUGUCAUGAGAAUAAUCAAUGAGCCGACUGCUGCUGCUAUUGCUUAUAACAAAAGGGAGGGCGAGAAGAACAUCCUUGUGUUUGACUUGGGUGGUGGAACUUUUGAUGUCUCCCUCCUCACAAUUGAUAAUGGUGUCUUUGAAGUUGUGGCAACCAAUGGAGACACUCACCUGGGUGGGGAAGACUUUGACCAGCGUGUAAUGGAACAUUUCAUCAAGCUCUACAAGAAGAAAACUGGAAAGGAUGUUCGGAAGGACAACAGAGCUGUUCAGAAGCUUCGUCGAGAAGUUGAAAAAGCCAAAAGAGCGCUUUCUUCUCAACACCAAUCUAGAAUUGAGAUUGAAUCUUUCUUUGAAGGAGAAGACUUCUCUGAAACCUUGACAAGAGCAAAAUUUGAAGAACUGAACAUGGAUCUCUUCUGUUCCACCAUGAAACCUGUCCAGAAAGUCCUAGAGGAUGCAGACCUAAAGAAGUCUGAAAUUGAUGAAAUUGUGCUUGUUGGUGGCUCUACUCGCAUCCCCAAGAUACAGCAGCUUGUGAAAGAAUUUUUCAAUGGCAAGGAACCCUUUCGUGGAAUCAACCCUGAUGAAGCUGUAGCUUAUGGUGCUGCUGUGCAGGCUGGCGUACUCUCUGGGGAUCAAGAUACUGGGGAUCUGGUGCUGCUUGAUGUGUGUCCUCUGACCUUGGGCAUUGAGACUGUUGGUGGAGUAAUGACCAAACUUAUCCCAAGGAACACUGUUGUCCCCACCAAGAAAUCACAGAUCUUCUCCACAGCUUCAGAUAACCAGCCAACUGUGACAAUUAAGGUUUAUGAAGGAGAACGUCCUCUUACAAAGGACAAUCAUCUCUUGGGAACUUUCGAUCUGACUGGAAUCCCUCCUGCUCCCCAUGGCGUCCCUCAGAUUGAAGUUACCUUUGAAAUAGAUGUGAAUGGAAUCCUUCGUGUUACGGCUGAGGACAAAGGCACAGGCAACAAAAAUAAGAUCACUAUCACCAAUGACCAGAAGCGUCUUACUCCAGAAGAAAUUGAGAGGAUGGUCAAUGAUGCAGAGAAGUUCGCUGAGGAAGACCAAAAGCUGAAAGAGCGGAUCGAUGCUAGGAAUGAGCUGGAAAGUUAUGCCUACUCACUGAAAAACCAGAUUGGAGAUAAGGAGAAGCUCGGUGGCAAGUUGUUAUCUGAAGACAAAGAAACAAUAGAGAAGGCUGUAGAGGAAAAGAUUGAGUGGCUAGAGAGUCACCAAGAUAGUGAUAUCGAGGAAUUCAAAGCCCAAAAGAAGGAACUGGAAGAGGUGGUGCAACCAAUUGUGGGCAGGUUGUAUGGUAGUGCAGGCCCACCCCCUACCGAGGAAGAAGCAGCAGGAGGAGAUAAGGAUGAAUUGUAGACCUCAGUUUCCUAGAUGUUGGUGCUGUAAAUAUUGGACUUUGAACUUUUGUUUAAACUAUUUGAACUCUAGAUUCGGAAUGUGACCAGAAUCUUCACAUUGAGUGGAGUUGGAAAUGCUAGCCCAAAAGUGGCUGUAUACUGCUUUUCAUUAGCAGUUGAUAAAUGUCCAGCAGGGGGGUGGGCAACCUGACAAGGGGAGCGGGUGAAGUAUUGAAACCAUUCUAUUUAACAAGUUGGGUUAUGUGUGUUAUGUGGAGAACUUUUCUACCCUCCAAGUGACAACAAUAAAUUUGUUACUUACACUG